UUUUUAUUUAAAUCUGUUGUACAUAUUUCUUCUGGUUUUUCUAGAAUUAAUUUAAACUAUCUCAAGACUUUGGCACGAUCCCUUCUUGUGUAUAAUUGGUAGUUGUCAAAAAAAUUACAGUUUUAUUCGUUUAUUUUCAGACCAAUAGUUUUAUAAGUUUAGAAACAAAGAUAUAAACAAAGUAAAAACAAAAUAUUUCACAUUGAUCAAACAGUUUGGACAAUUAGUCAUUUAGUUCAAGAAAUUAUACAAAUCAACGUAAUGACACAAAACAAUAUGACCCGGAAGCACUUGAGAACAGCGGGAUUUUCUUGUAAGCAAAGUCAAUGCGUUGUGAAAGAGAUCUGUGAAGUACCGAGUACAUCGAGCCACACAAGUCCUGUCCAACACACAGACUGGACAAAAACCCCGAUCAGAUCAAGAGAAUGGUGCAAGCUGCUGGUCUUGCUGGCAGGUCUUUGUCACGUGAUUCCGUGCCAGUCGUGUCGAGACAAUCCAUUGGGACGUUACGAAGUUGUAAUCAAGAAACUACAUGCUAAGUUUCCUGGUCGAGAUGUGGCUACAAUACUGACCAUGUUACUAGACACUAACCCAGCUGUCAUUGAACCUAUCCUGACUGAGUGGAAGAGAUACACGAACUGUAUCGGUCUAGUGGACACUGGCUACUUUAAGAGGUCCGAACUGUCAGGGCCAGAAGAGUUCAGUAGAAGCAAACCAAAUGACCGCAAGGAUACCAAUGACGCCACUGAAGCUCACCAACAACUAACACGGACUCUGGAAGAGGUGGAGGGGGCUCCAGGUGUUCAAUUGUUACAGAUUUUAAUGACUGUCUCUACGGAAAUUUAAAAUACAUUGGAAUCAAAUAAAAGUUUACAAAAUAA